CUGAGAGACUUUCUUUGGAACCUGCGGAAACACGCGGAAGUUUGCUGGUUCUACGCCGCCGUUGCUUGUAAUCAAAUGUAGAAAAGUUUAGUCUUUAGUUAUCCUAAAACCAUGCAAAACGACGAUGUUAUAUGGAGCAUCAUCAAAGGAAGCUUCUGCUCCUUCAAAGUCAACACCAAAGGUCAGCAGUUCUGCCGAAAUGAUUUCAACUUAACGGGCCUCUGCAAUCGCUCAUCAUGUCCUCUAGCCAAUUCUGUCUACGCAACCAUCAAAGAGGAAGAUGGUGUCUGUUACUUGUACAUGAAGACCAUCGAAAGGGCUGCCUUUCCUGAUCGGCUGUGGGAGAAAGUGAAGCUCUCUAAGAACUUUGAGAAAGCACUGGAGCAGAUAAACCAGCAUCUGGUCUACUGGCCCAGAUUUGUGCGCCAGAAAUGCAAGCAGCGUUUGUUGAAGAUCACUCAGUACAUCAUCCGCAUGCGCAAGCUGCGCUUGUCUCGGCAACGAAAGCUGGUACCAAUGCAGCGCAAAAUAGAGCGUCGUGAGCGAAGAAGAGAAGAAAAAGCACUGGUGGCAGCCCGUCUGGACACAGCCAUUGAAAAGGAGCUGCUGGACAGGUUACGGCAAGGCACGUACAAGGACAUAUACAAUUUCCCCCAGAAGGCCUUUGAUAAUGCCCUUAAAGGUGAAGAAGUUGAGAGUGAAGUUGAGUCUGAUGAUGAAGAGGAGGAGGACGAAGAUGAGCAUGAUGUGGGAACAGUUGAAUAUGUUGCUGCUGACGAUGUGGAAGAGAGUGAUCUCUCUGAUUUGGAAGACCUUGGAGAGGAGAGCUCAUCCGAAGAAGAAGCAGCAGCAAGCAAAGAGAGUGUGGUGGCAUCGUCAUCCAGAAGAAAGCAGCCGCAUGUAGAGAUAGAAUAUGAAAAGGAAACAGAGCCUUCAACCUCCAAAAUAAACACGAAAUGAUUUUUAAGUA